AUAAUAUUACAAACUUAUCGUAGGUUAGGGUAGUAGCAUUGUAGGAAUCUUGGUAAGUAGAAUGACUGUUGAAGCCUCAUCCAAACAUGAUGUACCACUAUCAUCAUGUAGUGCUGUGGAAGCAAAGUUUGCGCAGAGGCUCGCUUCAAACGAGAAGAAAAUAAGGGAUCGAGCGUUUAAGAAACUUCGACAGUUUAUGAUAGCAAGGUCUGUGAAGCAAGAAGGGGGAUUUGUAAGAAAUGAAAUGAUCAAAAUGUGGAAAGGAUUGUUCUACUGUAUGUGGAUGUCUGAUAAACCACUUAUUCAGGAGGAACUAGCCAAUCAAAUGGCCCAACUUAUAACACAACUUGGUUGCAUGAAGACAAGCAUGUUGUAUUUGGAAACAUUCCUUGCUACGAUACAAAGGGAAUGGUUGGGUAUUGAUAGAUUGCGAAUGGAUAAGUUCCUUCUACUUACCAGAUUUAUGCUGCGUAAUGCAUUUGAAUGUUUGAAGAACAAAGGCUGGGAAACAGGUGACAUUGGUUGGCUGACGAGCAUAUUAUCCAACGGCCCACUAUGCAGCGUUGCACCCACCGCCAACCCAACCAGUGGUCCAAGUCUUGGUAUCCGCUAUCAUUUUAUUGAUAUUUAUUUAGAGGAGCUUACUGCUUGUGGGAUUGAUUCAUUGGAGCCAGAAAAAGCCACAGAUUUGUUGCUUCCAUUUUGUUCGUUAGUCAACAAUACAUCGGUUAUUGAGUUGAAAGAAAGAGUGGCUGAAAAAAUAUUCCAGGAAAUAAUCGACCAAUCAGAUGCCGCGUUGAAGUUAGUGAGCGAGGUGUCUGGGGAAGCCCCUCCUGAUCAACCACGACUCAGCUUUGAUUACUCAGGAAUCGCUGACUCGUUGUUGGAACAAACAAAGCAACCUGGGGCGAUGGCCCGAAAUAGAAAAAAGGUUUACCAGAUCAUCCAGAACUUCCGUGAGGUUGCAUCCGGAAACCUUCCAUUGGAUGACUUUCCCAACGUACCUCCCGACUCUGAUGAUCUUCCUCAGUGGAAGAUGGAGGAGAAGAUGGUGAAGGAACAAGCAUGGGAGAUGACUCAGGAGCUGGAUAAGGAAUAUAGAGAGAGAAAAAAAGAGAAAGAAGAGAAUCGGAGUCGAAAAAGAAAAAAGAAAGUUGUAGUUGAUGAUGUUUGUGAAGUUGGUGGGACAGUUCCUGUGGAAACUAAAACUGAAAGUGCAGAUAAUGUGGAGAAGAAAUCGAAAAACAAAUAUGCGAAACCUAAACCUGAAAAAAAAAAGAAAAAAAAACAACAACAACAACAACAAGGAAGUGCUGAAAAUGUUACGGAUUUAGAAAAUUAUCAAGCUGAUACGAAUGUUAGUGUGGCAUCAAAUGAAGCCGAAAAUACCCAGGACUCGACCAUGGAAAGUGUUUUAGUUGGAUCUGCAUUCAACGGUUUAAGCAGCACCUUAGAGGGAAGCUCUGGGGAUUCUGAAAUGGAUUGCACAGUUACAGAGUUACUUCCAAGCCCAAAGAAAAGUAAAGUUCCUGUUGAAAAAGAAAUAAAUGAAGUUUCAGUAAAUAUAGAGAAUGUUGUUGUAUCGCCUGUAAAAAGGAAAACCAAAAAGUCGAAGAAAAAUGUGACAGCUCGACAGAAAAAACUGGAUUUGUUGAAAGAAAUUAAAAAUAUUGAAAAACCCCAGGAUGUUGAAGUAGGUGAACAAAAGAGUGAAGAUGUAAAAGACGAAAUUAAUUCAUCCCAGGGUGAAGAUUGUGGGAGCAAACACUUCAUGGAAACUACAAAGCUGACUGUUAAAAAGAAACCAGUAAAACAAAGCAAGCAAAAUACAAAAAGCCAAAUUAGCGAAAUUCCAGAGCCAAAUGUGAAUGUAAAACCCAUCCAAGAAAAUGUUGUUGAUUCCACUGUUUCAAACCAAGUUGAAAAACCGAUCGGAAAAAGUAAAAAUAAAAAGUUUGCCACCUUCUCCACGACACUACAACCCACUGCUGCUUUUUUUAAAACUGCCGCAUCGAAAGCCAAACCUAAAACACCUCAGGCCAAAAAACGACCUUCUGCAAUACCUGAUGUGCAUUCUGCUAAAAGGGUUUCAUUUGAAAUGUCAAAAGUCCAGAUACAACCCUUCCAUAAAAACGAGAAGUCGUCAGCAGUUAGCCCCUCUCCAUUGUCUAUUCCUUUUGAUCCAGAAAAGACACCAGAUUUUGGGUUACUGAAAUCAAAAGCAAAGCGACAAAUUACCACACGAAGAUCAAAAGCUGCAGAAUUUUUCUGAUAUUUUAAUUGUGCAAUUAUUUGCAUUACACCUUUGGUUGCCUUUACUUGGUGAAAUAUAAGCAAUAAAUGAAAAUCAUGUGGUUUGGAAAA